UCAGGAGAAAACAUGGCGGCCGCCUUAGCGAGAAGGGUGUCCGCGCUGCUGAGGCCGCUGUCAGUCUCUCUGUGUUCAAAGGCACCGCAACUCUGUCAGCUCUCCAGCCUCGUCCAGCUUCCGCCUGUCUACCGCUCUGCCGCAGCCGCUGUCCGCGCUCCUCUGCGGGCUGCAGCGAGUCUGACGCCCCGGUACAGCAUCCUACAACGGGUAUCGCCACUUAUUCCCAGUCUGACUCAACAACCAAGCAGAAGUCUGACAUAUGUCAGUCUGAAGAAGGGGAAGAGGAAGACUGUUAAAUCAGUGACAGACCGGUUCAUGAGGCUGCAUUGUGACCUUUGGAUCAGACGCAAGGCUGGAUACAAGAAGAAACUGUGGAAGAAGAAUGCUACCCGACGAAAGCGCCUGCGGGAGCAUGUAUUCUGUAGCAAAACACAGACCAAACUUUUGGAUAAAAUGACUACCUCUUUUUGGAAAAGGAGGAACUGGUUUGUUAAUGAUCCAUACCUGAAAUACCACGAUAGGGUCAACCUCAAACUGUAAUUUGCUUAGUCAUGUAAGUGACAUCUUGUUUUCUGUUUUGAAUAUAAUGUAAUAAUGUUACAUACGUAAUAAAAUCAUAUAUCUUAAA